AAGCAAGACAAAAAUUCCCAAGAUGGCUUUUUUUGUUUUUGUUUUUCUUCUUAAUGCUUGUGGGCAGGUGAAAGAACUAAAUUUGGCCCUUUGUGCUCCAGUAUUUAACCCAAGGGAUUCUAUUUCACCCUUUUUCUGAUGACUCUACCGACUGUUUGCAUGGAAAAUCCUAAUCAACAAGCCAACUACUGGUUCCACUCCCUGCCAUUUGGAAUGGCAUUGAGCUCAGUUUUGAUCCCAGACAAAAUGCCGCCCCCCACCAUAGGGAUCUCAGUUCUGCAAGUGUUAAAUUCAAGGUUACUUGGAGAAGGCUUCGACCUGAGUUGGGAGUUGGACGCCCUGUAUUUUCUUAGAAGGCAUUAUGGGCAUGAAGAAAAGUGGCCUUUUCAGAUAUGCUGAUGGGGUUGAUAAGUUUCUGCUUUUAUUGGGUUCUUUGGGGAGCAUUGGAGAUGGGCUUACAACCCCACUCACUAUGCUUGUUCUUAGUGGUAUGAUCAAUCAGUAUUCUCGCUCUAAUCCUAACACUUCUUCCAAUCAAGUGGUGGACAAGUACACACUCAGGCUGCUCUAUAUUGCUUUUGGUGUUGGGAUCUGUGCUUUAUUUGAGGGAAUGUGCUGGACCAGGACAGCAGAAAGACAGACAUCCAGAAUGAGAAUGGAGUACCUAAAAUCAGUUCUGAGGCAAGAAGCUGGUUUUUUCGACAGUAACCAAGCUGGUUCUUCUACAUUUCUCUUUGUUUCUUCCAUCACUUCUGAGUGCCACUCAAUCCAGGAUACCAUAGCUGAGAAGAUACCGAACUUUCUGGCUCACCUUUCGGGCUUUAUCUUCUGCAUUCCUGCUGCUUUUGUGCUCUCAUGGCGGCUUGCUUUGGCUGCUCUUCCAUUCUCUCUCAUGUUUAUCCUUCCUGGGGUUGGAUUGGGGAAGGUCCAUAAGGACUUGGGUGCUAGGGCCAAAGAUUCAUAUGGUGUUGCUGGUGGCAUUGCCGAACAAGCAAUCUCUUCAAUCCGCACUGUGUAUUCAUACGUAGGGGAGCUCCAAACUUUAGAGAAGUUCAGUAAUGCACUUCAAAAAAGUAUGUACUUUGGCAUUAAACAAGGACUUGGGAAGGGACUUAUGAUGGGCAGCAUGGCAAUGAUAUAUGCAGCUUGGGCAUUCCAGGCAUGGGUAGGCGGUAUUCUCGUCACCGAAAAAGGAGAAAAAGGUGGACCCAUUUUGAUUUCUGGAAUCUGUAUCAUUUUUGGUGGACUGUGUGCAAUGAAUGCACUCCCAAAUCUCUCUUUCAUCUCUGAGUCAACACUUGCAGCAGCUCGCAUUUUUAAGAUGACCGACUGCAUUCCCGCCAUUGAUGCUGGAGAUGGUAGAGGAAAAACCUUGGACCAUUUAAAAGGACGGAUUGAAUUUAGAGAUGUUGAAUUUUCUUAUCCAUCAAGACCCGAAAACCCCAUUCUUCAAGGACUUAAUUUGAAAGUAAAAGCUGGUGAGACAGUAGGCCUUGUUGGUGGUAGUGGCUCAGGCAAGUCCACUGUGAUUAAUUUACUAGAAAGAUUUUAUGAUGCUGUCAAAGGAGACAUUCUUCUUGAUGGUCAUAGAAUACAGAAGCUUCAGCUUAAAUGGCUGAGAUCCCAAAUGGGAUUAGUCAAUCAAGAGCCAAUUCUAUUUGCAACCUCCAUAAAGGAAAAUAUUUUGUUUGGUAAGGAAGGAGCUUCUAUGCAACUUGUUAAGAGAGCAGCUAAGGCUGCAAAUGCUCAUGAUUUCAUUGCAAAAUUACCUGGUGGAUAUGAAACUCAAGUGGGGCAAUUUGGUGUUCAAUUAUCUGGAGGGCAAAGGCAAAGAAUUGCCAUAGCAAGAGCUCUAAUCAGAGACCCCAAAAUUCUUCUGUUGGAUGAAGCCACAAGUGCUUUGGAUGCAGAGUCUGAAAGAAUUGUACAGGAAGCCCUGGACCAAGCUUCACAUGGAAGGACUGCAAUUGUUAUCGCCCACCGUCUCUCAAUGAUUCUAAAUGCUGAUCAGAUCCUGGUUCUUCAAUCAGGUAGAGUGGCGGAAUCAGGUUCUCAUGAGGAGUUAAUUCAAAGAGAUAAUGGAGGAAUUUACAGCAAAAUGGUGCAAAUGCAGCAAUCUUGCACGAAUAAUGAAGCUUCCAGUUAUUUGUAUAAUUCUGCUAGAAGAGACAAGACUCCCAAGACACCAGUAAAUCAGAUAUCGGUCCGUCGAAGUAGCCCGAUGAGAAGCCCAGUAUAUUCCAUGUCAUGCCCAUAUUCGUUUGACGUUGACUCUAGUGACUACAACUAUUGUGAAGGCUUGAAGAACACCUCUUGUUCUUCUCGGUCUCCUUCUCAAUGGCAUCUUUGGAGACUAAAUGCACCCGAGUGGAAACAAGCAUUACUUGGUUGUAUGGGUGCUAUAGGCACUGGAGUUACUCAGCCAAUAUAUUCAUAUUGUUUAGGAACAAUCGCCUCAGUUUAUUUCCUAAAGGACAGUGACGCCAUUAAAUCAAACAUUAGAUUUUAUUGCUUCACAUUUUUAGGUAUAACAAUUCUUAGCUGCAUAGCCAAUCUAGUCCAACAUUACAGCUUUGCAAUUAUGGGGGAGAAUUUAACCAAGAGGGUGAGAGAAAGAAUGCUUGAGAAAAUCCUGACCUUUGAGAUUGGAUGGUUUGAUCAAGAGGAGAAUACAAGUGCAGCCAUAUGCGCACGACUAGCUGUUGAAGGGAACUUGGUUCGGUCUCUUGUAGCAGAAAGAACGUCGCUUUUGGUUCAGGUAUUUGUGACUGCCACACUCGCAUUUGUGCUUGGAUUACUUGUGACAUGGAGAGUAGCUAUUGUAGCAAUUGCUAUGCAACCACUUAUCAUUGGAAGCUUCUACUCAAGAAAGGUUCUAAUGAGAAGUAUAUCUGAAAAAGCCAGGAAAGCACAGGGUGAAGGCAGUCAACUAGCUAGUGAAGCCAUUACCAACCACAGGACUAUUGCAGCAUUUUCCUCUCAGGAUAGAAUUUUGAGUCUGUUUGAAGCUUCAAUGAAAGCCCCCAAGCAGGAGAAUGUAAAACAAUCGUGGAUUUCAGGUUUUGGCUUAUUCAGCUCCUUAUUUCUGACUACUGCAACUACAGCUUUGACACUUUGGUAUGGAGGGAGACUAAUAAAUCAAGGAUCAGUAACGCCUAAACAGCUCUUUCAAGCAUUUUUCAUCUUGAUGAGCACUGGAAAGAAUAUUGCAGAUGUAGGAAGCAUGACCUCUGAUAUAGCAAAAGGUGCAAAUGCCAUAGUAUCAAUCUUUGCAAUCCUUGAUAGAAAAACCGAAAUUGACCCACAACAACGUGAAGGGAUAAAAGUUAAAGAGACGAUUCGCGGAGAAUUAGAAUUGAACAAUGUCUUUUUUGCAUACCCGGCUAGGCCUGACCAUUUGGUCUUCAAGAACUUGAAUCUCAAGAUUGAAGCUGGAACAACCGUCGCAGUGGUUGGGCAGAGUGGUUCGGGGAAAUCCACCAUCAUUGGAUUGAUCGAAAGAUUUUAUGACCCUCAAAAAGGAGUUGUCCUCAUUGAUGGAAAAGACAUCAAGAGCUAUAAUCUGAGAAGUUUGAGGUCACACAUUGCUCUGGUUAGUCAAGAACCUACACUUUUUGUAGGAACUAUCCGCGAGAACAUUUUAUUUGGCCAAAAGGAUCGUUCAGAACACGAAAUUAGGAAGGCUGCAAAACUUGACAAUGCUCACGAAUUCAUUAGUUCUAUGAAGAAUGGCUAUGAAACUCAAUGUGGAGAAGGAGGAGUUCAGUUAUCAGGAGGUCAGAAGCAAAGAAUAGCAUUAGCAAGAGCCAUGUUGAAAAAUCCAAAAAUCCUUCUGCUAGAUGAGGCAACCAGUGCUUUGGAUAGCCUGUCAGAGACUUUAGUCCAAGAAGCAUUGGAUAAGGUGAUGGUUGGUAGAACAAGCAUAGUUGUCGCUCACCGGUUGUCGACUAUACAAAAGGCAAAUACAAUAGCUGUAAUAAAACACGGUAGAAUCAUCGAACAAGGAUCACAUGCGGUUCUUCUCGGGCUUGGUCGUAGUGGAGCCUACUACUCUCUGAUUAGUCAGUUAACAGUCAGUCACUCCCUCCAUGAUAAGAGCUUCUAUUCAUCGUUCACUCGUAAACAGUCUUGGUAUCUGUAGAUUAUGUAUACAAAUGAAUGUAAAUAAUGUAGCCUUCAUACGUCUGCUUAAGCGAAUUUGAUCACGUUGCUGUAAUUAUCAAUCAGCUUCAUUAUGAUCUAAGUCUAUGAAACUAAAUGAAAGUUGAUAGCCUGA